AGAAAAAUGUUUAAAAAUUAUAUUUUAAUUAAUUUAUUUAUAUUUUUGUUAAUUUGUUCUGUUUAUUACAGCAAGGCAGACAUUUUAGAAGGAGUUGAAGAUCCAUCUAAAGAUUCUAAAAAAUUAGAAUCUUUUACAAAUGAUGGAGAAGAAAAAAAUAUAGAACGAAAAAGGCGUUGGGGCUAUGGAUGGGGUGGCUAUGGAUAUGGAUGUUGUUGGGGUGGGUGGGGAGGUUAUGGAUAUGGUGGUUAUGGUUGGGGCUGGAGAAGACGUUGGUGGGGAUGGGGUAAGAAAUAA